CUUCCUGGCGUCCGCUCGGAAAGUGGAAUAGUGGUGAGGCAGAGUGGUCCGCGCUUGUCCAGCCAGCCGACGGGGCGGCUACUGGCCUCCCAGGCCGGGUGGCCUCAGGUCCGCGGGCUAUGGCGUCAGAGGGGCCACGGCAGCCCGCGGGGCAUCAAGUUGUCAGCAGAUGUCAAACCGUUUGUUCCCAAAUUUGCUGGGCUCAGGGUGGCAUGGUUAGAGACGACAGAAGCACAUGUGUUCCCUAGCUGUGCAGCCACGUACUAUCCUUGUGUUCAGGAACUACCAUUGCCUGAGCAGAGACUCCAUCCUAAAGAUAUGGCUUUUGGAGCUUCGACAUUUCCACAUCAGUAUUUAUCAUCUGAGAUGGCUCUUCAUCCGUACACCUGUUCUCCUUACAACCUGGAGUCUACACAGAAUGUUUGCCCCGUGCCUGGCUCCCAGUAUGAUUACAGUCAACCCAGUCGUUACCAAGGUUUUCAGAGGGUGAAGCCCCGGUAUGAGCACAUGAGCGCUCUCCCACAAGACACAAAAGCCCUGUUUAAGAGAAAAACAUAUGAUGAGCAAAAGUUUGACAAUAAGGAUGAUGGAACUAUAUCAUCUGAUAUAAAGUCAGUAAAAGGCUCACAUCAUAUGUCCGUUUGUGCUGACACUAAUUUGAAAUCAGAUGGUUGUCAUAAACGAACAGACAGGAAAUCCAGAAUCAUUGAAAAAUGUGGACCAGCCUCCAAACCUGAGUUUGAAUUUACCAGGUUGGAUUUUCCUAAACUGCAGGGUGCAGAGAACAAUGAGGUAUUAGAGACACCAAAACAGCCCAAGUGGGGACCUUCACGCUCUGCCUCUACAGACACUUCUCUUGUGAGAGAAGUGGUGAAACCUGCUCCAGUGUUAACAGAGGGUGAAAUAGUGAUGAAAAAUAAUAAUCCGACUGACUCUGCCACUGAUAAUGCUGCUACCAGUCCCUCUUCGUGUACAAGAGAGUUAUCCUGGACGCCAAUGGGUUAUGUUGUCCGUCACACGUUAUCUACAGAACCGUCAUCAGCCCCUAGAAAUGUUACUUCUGUGAUAAACCUAAAGACAGUUGUUUCAUCAGCAGAUCCUAAAAAUGGUAGCAUAUCACCUUCUCAAGUUUUAUCUUCGGAUUCUUCCUACAACAGAGGGAAACCCAUUGGCCAUUCAACUAAAAAGUCCAAAGCAACACAAGGUGGUGAUCCUGAGCAAGAAGCCUCAAGAAAGAAUAAGAAAAAGAAAGAAAAGUCUAAAUCAAAAUAUGAAGUCCUGACAGUUCAAGAGCCACCAAGGAUUGAAGAUGCCGAGGAGUUUCCCAAUCUGGCAGUUGCUUCUGAAAGAAGAGACAGAGUAGAGGCACCGAAAUUUCGAUCUAAACAGCAGCCACAGAAUAAUUUUAGAAGUGGUGGAAAGAAGAGUCAAAUUCCAGUGCAGUUGGACUUGGGGGGAAUGCUGACAGCACUGGAAAAGAAGCAGCACUCCCAGAGUCCAAAGCAGGCCUCCAAACCAGUGAUAUUUUCAGUGGGGGCAGUUCCCGUUCUGUCCAAAGAGGCCACGUCAGGGAAGAAGGGACACCGCUUUAGCCAGGUGAAGACCCCACAUAACCCCUUGGACUCCAGCGCUCCCCUGAUGAAGAAGGGGAAGCAGAGGGAGGUCCCCAAGACCAAGAAGCCUACCUCAUUGAAGAAGAUUAUUUUGAAAGAACGGGAGGAAAGAAAGCAGCAGCGUCUCCAAGAAAACACUGUGAGUCCAGCAGGUGAUGAUGUGCAAGAUGUAGAGAGUGGUGAUGAUGACCUGGCUCUUGAGCAGGCUCCAGGGAGAGCAGAAGCGUCACUGUGCUCCACUCCUGAUGUUGAAAGCAAGUCAGAAGAGCCGCUGGGAGCUGAGAUCCAUAAGGAGGCGGCAACCUGCUACUUGGUCCCCGAAGGUGCCAGCUGCCCUAAGAUCCACAGCCGGAGAUUUAGGGAUUACUGCAGCCAGGUGCUCAGUAAAGAGGUGGACGCCUGUGUUAUGGAUCUGCUCAAAGAGCUGGUUCGUUUCCAAGACCGUAUGUACCAGAAAGAUCCCAUCAAGGCCAAGACCAAACGCCGGCUUGUGCUGGGGCUGAGGGAGGUGCUCAAACACCUGAAGCUCAGAAAGCUGAAGUGCGUCAUCAUCUCUCCCAACUGUGAGAAGAUACAGUCAAAAGGUGGGUUGGAUGACACCCUGCACACCAUUAUCAAUUACGCCUGUGAACAGAACAUUCCCUUUGUGUUUGCUCUCAACCGCAAAGCUCUGGGGCGCAGUUUGAACAAAGCUGUUCCUGUCAGCGUGGUGGGGAUCUUCAGCUAUGAUGGGGCCCAGGACCAGUUCCACAAGAUGGUUGAGCUGACGAUGGCAGCGCGGGAGGCGUAUAAGACCAUGCUGGAGAACAUGCGUGGGGAGCUAGCAGAAGAGCCUGGGUCCCAGGCUCCAGCCAACCUGCCUGUGCAAGGCACCAGCUGCUCAGCAGAAGACAGCCCUCUGGCUUCUCCCAAGACAGAGGAGCCAUACUACAUUGAAGUCUGGAGAAAACAUCUGGAAGCAUAUAGUCAGUGUGCCCUGGAGCUAGAAGAAUCGCUGGAGGCUUCAACCUCUCAGAUGAUGAACCUGAAUUUAUAAGAAGAGUUCUUUUGUGUGUUUGUUUAUUUGGGGUAAGGAGUUUUGAACAACUUUGUGGUCCUUAGUUCUUCAUUGAUCUAAUGUAUUUGUAAUGUGUUUAAUUGGGAAAUUAGCAGCAUGGAGGGUACAGGAAGCAGGCUUUUGGCCUUCAGAGUGCAAUUCCCAUGAAUGAGCACUGGGGCAUACUGACUGAACCUUUCCUGAAAGCCCUCUGAACACACUGUGAAUCUGGAAAACACUGGAAAACGUGGUACUCCAAGCCUUCUGCUGCCGAGGAAACAUCCUGUCCAUUGCAGAAGUGCUGAGCCAGUUUAGUUUGUGGACAUGGAAACAAUGUGGCUGAUGUCCUGUUAGUUGUGGCAACUCAGCCCAGCCUUGUGGGGAGCCAGCAUUAGAGCAAGAGAGAGGGAGGGCCCCUUCUCAGGACAUGGCCUUUCAGCAGGAAGAUUGGGAAUACUUGGAGGGUUUGCUAAAAUGAUCCUCAAAAGGAAAGUCAGUUUUCCAACCUGUGACCUUUGACAUGAAUUAUUUCUUUUAGUCUUUAUUUUUCAAAGAAACAAUGUAUAUUGAAGUUCCUGAAUUUCAGUUUUGAUAAUCUACAAACCUUUUUGUAAAUGAACAUAUUCUGAAUGUGGUUUCUGUCUCUGAAGCCAGGAGGCAAGAAGUUUACUUUCCUAUUUCCCUGUAAGUAAGAGGGCUUAUUUAUUUU